UGCUUUGAGGCUUAUCAAUUAAGUUAUCAAUUUUUCAGAUAAGCAAAUUUAGUUUAUCCAUAUCGCCCCAAAUUUAAAACUUAAGCUUUUAUGAAUUUAUGAUGGUGAUAUUCACUAAAAAAUUAACGCUAUAGGGCUUAUCUCCAGACUUAUCAAUUUUUCAGAUAAGCAAAUUUAGUUUAUCCAAAUCGCCCCAAAUAUAAAACUCUUGAAUUUAUGAUGACGAUAAUAGGAGGUAUGGUGUCUACUAGACACUGAACGGUAAUUUCGGGUUACAUAUAUAAUUAAAUGAGAGGUGCCUGGUUGGAUGAAAAGUUUGCAUGGAAAAAGUGAGACGAAGAGAAAUGGAUUUCAUACGACCCUGACUCGAAAUGAUGAUGGAUACCCACCGCGAACCACUUUUCUCACUCUGUCUCACAUUCCCAUGCGAAAUAUGGAAAACGGUUUUGUGGAACACUUGACGUGGUAUUCAUCUGUAGUUUUAAUUAAACAAACAAUUUUAACCGUUAUGCAUGCCACUGUUAAUUUUAAUUUUAAAAUAUAUACUAAAUAGUACGCACUUCUAAUAGUUUGCACCGUAUUCAUUAUUAUGUUACCUCACUCUUAUCGAGAUAUUAUUGAUAUCCAUAAUUUUUGCUCGUCACCUUUCGCUCGCUACACGUAUGUUAAUUAAGGUACAUAAUUAAGUACCGGCCAUACAUUUAUUUUUUGUCAAGUUGAAGGACUGUCUCGUUUCAAUUGAAAUGCUGACUAUUCUUCAAUUGACUGGAUAGCACGUUCUCCACACCUUGUAAAAAAAUAUGUAGAAACUUGUAUUACCAACUAAAUAUUUUUUCAUUUAACAAAAACGCAAACAUCACUUUAACUUUAACUAUGCAAAGGAUAAGUAGGUUAAGCCGUCUGUAACAUGUAACGUGACGUAUGAUUCGUCCGUUCCCGUUACUACCUUAACCUUCCGACCUUCUUAUGAAAGUAUUCAACUCAUGAAAAUUGGAUAUUGACAGAAUAUAUUGAGGCAAGUAUUAGAAAUUAUGUAAAUAUUUUGACAAAAUGUUACCCACUUUCUAUGCUUUCUUCUUAUUUUUAACUACUCUAAAUUAAUUGACUAAUUAAAUACAUACGUAUUAAUGUUAAUAUUAAUUAAGAGAUUAUACCGAUUAAACUAAAAAGAAAUGAAUAAAUGUAAUUUGGAUAACGGCACGAUUUUUUUUAUUAACGGUAAGAAAUGAAAUGUAGAAUAUGAAAAUCAUCACUAAUUUCGAAAGCAAAGCGUUUCCUGCUAACUCAAUUAAAUAAAUUGAAACAGUAAAUAAACCAGGGUUUGUUUUAAAAUUUGGCAACAAUUGUAUGCAAAAUUUGCAUUGCAAACACUUACGACCCAAAUACCCCGUUUAUUAGCGUUCAUAAUCCUUCAUAUUUCACACAACGCGUUGCAAAUACUAAAUGCAAAUCAUUCCAUUAUUGCGUAAUAAUCAGAAAGAAUUCUUUUUUUUUGUCCAGGCUUUGCAGGUUGAUUAAUAACCUUUGAUUUUUUGCCGAACUAUGUAACUGAUGAAGCCGAGCUGAAUGUGCGAAUCCAGUUGUUUUCGCAACUAUCUAAUAAAGGAACCAAUGUUGUUGUUGCAAAAUAUUCCAUUUGCAGACUUGUACAACUGCAAUUAUUACUGGGACUGGAUGGAUUGGCUUGAAUGAUGCUGAUUUCUGCAGAUGCCUACUCACACAUCUUCUGUGCCGUCUUAUUGAAGAAGAAGAUGCACCAUCACUACUGAACAUGAACCCACCUUAACCAUGUCUUCUUCUCUUAUGUGAUGGGGAAAACCUAAUGGAAAAUAAAUGUUUAUUGUAAAUUGGUUGCUUCAUAAUGCAGGAUUCGUCUUAAUUCUCAUGGGUGAAUUGCGUGUAUGCAAUCAAACCCUCUUCUUCUGCCUGAGAAGAACGUUAAUGAUUAUUUGCUGAACAAGAUUUCGGGAGCAGAUGGGAAGUUGUUCCAGUCCAGUCUCACAUUCCUCUUCGGGUUGUUUGGACGUUAGUGUCAGGUGCACUAAUAGGACCUGAUUUGCAUAAAGAUUGCAAAAAUCUCAGGACUUUUUUUCUCACCUUCAAAAUGCCCCCGAAUCCUGAGACGUUGGAAGAAUCUGACGAAAAUGUCCAGAGUCGUCGGCCCACAAGCCUGCUCAAUAGCGUGCACUUGGUGAGAAUGGCGGAUAACGAGAUGACAUCGAGGACCCCGUCGCCGUCUUCGUCUCGAUCCUCGCCCGUCUCCCUGCUGAGGGUGACCCCGUAUCAAAAGGAGGUUCCAGACUGGGAGUCGCCCGGACUCAGAGUCAGAGUCACCGAUAUUGUGAAACAGUUUGAAGAUAUUAACAAAAGGGGAAAAGAAUACGAUGACCGGUAUCGGAAUGAGAGCAGGAGUAGUGGAAUUGUGUCAGAUUUUGACGAGGAUCACGACCUUAAUUGGUCAAAUUCUACAUUUUCGAGAAGUUCUACGCCCAGAAGUAGUCAGGAGAGGGAAGAAGUGCGUCAGGAUGAUCGUCACGUGGAGUCAUUUGAUGCUACGCCCUUGAGACGACCAACCCCGAGGUCAUCUGUCAAUUCCACGCCGGAUGACGACGACGAACCGGUGGCGAAAGUCAGUGACCCAGAAGACGACGACGAACCUGUGGCGAAAGUCUGUUAUCCAGAAGAUGAUGGCGCAGCAGUGGACGAAGUGGAGUAUGGCGUCGAGCUAAAUAACAACUCCUACGACGAAAAUAACUAUGACGAACCCUCCCUGAUUGUCCGUCUGGUUAAGAAACUGUUUACAUUUUCCGUUCUAUUGUUCCUCUUGGGAAGUGGGGGAUAUGGGGGGCUCCUUCUCAGACAGAAGUUAGAUGACGCUUUUAAUCUUGAUCAAGAUGAAGUUUCUGGCAGUUUUCCUACGCCAUUUUUACCCGUGAAGAUUGUGGGUGCAAUAACGCUAAAAUUUUUGGGAUGGUAUUUCAUUUUUCGAAAUAGUUUUAAAUGUUUGGAAUCAUCCUCGUUUUUUGUGGGGAAUGGACUUUUGGCAGUUUUCCAGCCAGCUCUUUAUUUCAUUUCUGGGUGGUUAUCCAAAUCAGAAAAUGCCAUCGACUCAUCACCAUCAUCGGACCCAUACUCCCCGAAUUACGAUCCUUACUCGGCUUCCGUGUCAGAAUCUGAAGAAAAGGAAGAUAUCGAUGACGAGGACUCAAAUCCGGCCGAAUUUUCUUUCGACGCCGCCAUUCCUGAAGAGUCUGACGCCACAGAAAACGAGCAAAAGACUAAUACGGGAACAGUCUUGCUUAUCACUGCGUGGUUAUCACUCCUCCAAAUCGCCUUAGUGAUCACACCCUCGCACUUUUACCCAGAACUAGAGGACAUGUCAAGCUUAGAAUCAUUCCUAAUUUUUGGCCAGUUACCACAACUCAUCAUUUACCUCGUGACCUAUCCCGUCUUCACAUUUAAAGGAGGAAAUCGGGCAAAAAUCGAGUAAAUUAUGGAGGUGACCUUGACUCUUAAAAUUAGUUUUACUGAUAUAGCUUUAUUCCAAGAAAUAAAUUAGGAUGCCGUAAAUCUCAAGCCAUUACCACCACGAUUGGUAAUGAAUGAUUGACGCUUUGAUGAUUUAACAACCAAACCAAACCAAACCACCCACCACGUAGCAAAAGAUACCAUUUAAAUAUCAGUAAAAUGGUGAAAUGCGGAUACCCAGCCCACGCACGAGUUUAUUAUGUUCCUAGCCUGCAAAUUUUACGAUUAUGUAGUUUAAAUGCUCAUUGGUUAUUUUAUUAGAUUGGAAGUGCUUAAUCAUUAAAUUUGAAGCAUAAUUUUUCUCUCCGUGUAAAUACCUGCGUCUGUGCCUCCCGAAUAAUAAAGUUUUCAAUGUAGGAAAAAAA